CUGACAAACAGACCAUUUGCUUCUUGACACUUCCACAAUGGUUGACGCUAUGCUUUGAAUCCACGAGGCCACCACAGCCUUAUCCUCUACGCUCCGCCUUCCUCCCGACUCCAAUCUACCAGGUAAUCAUGGCUUCAACAGUUGGUGCCACUUCUACCGCUGGUCCAUGGCAGCUCCAACUGGUAAGACAUCUUCAUUAUCUUUGGUGUCAUCUAUCUCCACUACCAACCGGCCACGAAAUGCGCGCCUUCAGAGGAGGUCCAACUUCAGAGUAAAAGCAGCGAAGGAGCUGUACUUCAACAAGGACGGUUCAGCUAUCAAGAAGCUCCAGACUGGAGUCAGUAAGCUCGCAGACCUAGUUGGAGUUACACUGGGGCCGAAGGGAAGGAAUGUUGUUUUGGAGAGCAAGUAUGGCUCUCCUAAGAUUGUCAAUGAUGGUGUUACAGUUGCAAAAGAGGUUGAGCUGGAGGAUCCUGUUGAAAACAUUGGUGGCAAGUUGGUUAGGCAAGGUGCAGCUAAAACAAUUGAUCUAGCUGGAGACGGUACAACUACUUCUGUGGUCCUUGCUCAGGGGCUGAUUGCUGAGGGUGUCAAGGUUGUGGCAGCUGGUGCUAAUCCUGUACAGAUUACCCGUGGUAUCGAGAAAACAGCGAAAGCACUGGUUGAAGAACUACGGAAGAUGUCAAAGGAGGUUGAAGGUAGCGAGCUUGCAGAUGUUGCUGCGGUCAGUGCUGGCAACAACUAUGAAAUUGGUAACAUGAUAGCAGAGGCUAUGAGCAAGGUUGGGCGUUAGGGUGUGGUUACCCUCGAAGAGGGAAGGAGUUCUGAAAACAAUCUCUAUGUUGUGGAGGGAAUGCAAUUUGAUCGUGGUUACAUCUCUCCUUACUUUGUAACUGACAGUGAAAAAAUGUCAGUCGAGUAUGAGAACUGCAAGGUAGCAUUGAACUGCAGGUAGGGUGAUCUCCCGAACCGGCUUGACGGGACGGCGAGGUUGGAGCGCCCGGUGACGGCGCGACGGCGUAGAUGGAUGGUGAUCCGGUGACGACCUUGACGAAGACGACCUGGAUGGCGAUGAACUAUACGGCCACGGGCUCAAUGGCGACGCCGUGGACGACGACGGGCUCGAUGGCAAGGAUGACGACGGGCUUGAUGGCUAUGGCCUGGACGGCGACGGGCAGCAGAGCAAGAAUAUGAAAACGAAAUAGUGAGGAUCGAUUGCCUUGAGCUACCCACUUAAAUUGAUUGCUAAAAACGCUGGUGUUAAUGGCAGCGUUGUUACUGAGAAGGUUCUUUCUAACGACAACUUCAGGCAUGGUUAUAAUGCUGCUACCGGCCAGUACGAGGACUUGAUGGCUGCCGGUAUCAUUGACCCCAC